AUGUUGUCAAUCAAGACGUCAGUCGGAUACGGUAAAUUUACGCUAUACAAACACCUUCCAUGUAUCAAGAACAUCGAAUUCGACCAUUUAAAACCGAAGACCAAGAUGCAGUUCAUACGUGCUUUUUUCAAACGUAUUACGGACGACCUGAAGAUAAAGAAGCUGAUACCGUUGAAAAUUUUAUUUUUUGUACACGCUUCUACUCUGUUCGUACUGUACCCAUACCUGACCAUCCAAAUGCGCGAGCUGGGCAUCAACGUUGAAGAGACUGCCAUUAUGUCCGCCGUAACGCCAGUUAUUUCCAUAGUGAUGCCGCCACUCGCCGGCAUGCUUGCUGAUAAAAUUGGCAACUUCAGGCUGCUUUUAGCGCUGUCUUCGGCGCUAGGAGGAGCAUCAGCUUUGCUACUGUUGGCCGUGCCGGUGGGCAGAAUCACCAUCACCUAUCCUCCAGCGGUGCAACUCGUCACGACUUGCGGCGAUGGGGCUUUUCAGCUGCGCCCCGUGCAAGACUAUCCCUGCACGCCGCUGCACCCAUACGCGUUCGACGUCAACCUUACGAUCUCGUCUUGCGGGUUUGUGUGCGAGAUACCGAGCGAGACCUCGGCAAAGGAAAUAGAAUCCAUGAUUCACGCAGAUUCAUACGAUGUUCGCCUGCAAUCAUAUACCAAUGAUCAACGUAUAUUAUACCGCCACACAGUUUCGUCGUAUCUUCCUAAAACGAAAGUGCUUAUGAAGGACCAGAGCAACUCCCGCAUUAUGGCAGACGAUCCAUUCUUUAAUACAACUAUAUCGAAAAUUUCUAACCACGAGAUAUUCUUUCCUACACCGCGGCUGUACAAAAUGCAGUGUACUAAAUCGGAAAAGAACGCGACGUGCCUAUUUGGAAGGAAAACUUUUCUGAGUGAUCUGGACGAUGGAAAUGAUGUGCAGGAUGUUGACACUGCGUUCCACGUGAGGAUUUCACACGACGCACAUCAAGCCUCUACGGACGUCAAGGAUUAUUGGGUUAGCGCAAUAUCAGUGGUAAAUGGAACUAAAUUUGACGCAGACUAUGAAGGUAUUGACAGUACGACUUGUGAAGAUAAUUUUCUUGGGGUGGAAAGUGUGGACAGCAUACGUGUGAAAACGGGUUCGCGACUAUUGACAAAGUGUUUCUCUGCGUGCGCUGCGUUGACUCCCAGAAGGAAUCUUUGUGAGAAUUUACAACAACAAAUUGAACUUGAUCCCAUUUUCACGUUCUGGGCUUACAUGGCUGUGCGGGUGUUCAUUGGUAUUAUAGGUGGUACAGCCUUCGCCAUGUUCGAAGGCGCCGUGAUCGCCAUAAUAAGGGAGCAAAGAGCAGACUAUGGUCUCCAGCGGGUAUACGGAAGUAUCGGUGGCAUGAUCUCGUCGCCUCUCUCCGGGUUGCUAAUUGACUACGCUAGCAGAGGGAAAGGUUAUACAGACUUCAGGCCAGCCUUCUAUUUGUAUGCUGUUUUGAAAGUGGUUACCGGAGCGUUGAUGCUGAGCAUCAAUCUUGAAUUCAAGCAACCAGCUCAAAAUCUUCUCGACGAUGUGAUAUCAGUAUUCCGGAAUGUUGAAAUCGUAGCAUUGUUCAUUGCUUGUUUUAUAAUGGGUACUGCGUGGGGGUAUAUCGAAAGCUUUUUGUUUUGGCUUUUGCAAGAUUUAGGUGCGUCGCGCUCCUUGAUGGGUGUGACAAUCACAGUCGGCGGCAUUGCAGGGCUACCACUUCUGGUACUCUCGGGACCUAUUAUCAAAAAGUUAGGUCAUGCAAACGUAUUAUUCAUCGGAUUCGUUUUCUACGCAAUAAGGUUACUUGGUUAUUCCCUCAUUUACAACCCUUGGCUAUGCUUAAUUUUCGAGGCGCUGGAGUCGGUGACGUCAUCGCUGUCGUUUACGGCAGCUGUCACGUAUGCGGCUCGAUUAUCCUCUAUCACGACCGACACCUCCGUGCAAGGACUCCUCGGCGGCCUUUACUAUGGUGUUGGCAAAGGAGCCGGAAGUCUAAUUGGUGGCUAUUUGAUGAAAUUCGUCGGUACCAGACCGACAUACCAAAUAUUCGCUCUUGCGACGUUCUUGACCGGAUGCGUCUAUUAUUUAUUUAACAAGUUCUACAUUGGUAAACGGCCAUGCAUCGACGACGAAAACGACAUCUGUAAGAAGAGGCCUAUAAACUUAGACGUGGAAGGUUGCGAUGCAAGCAAGAUCCAAAAUGAUAAGACUUGUCCGCCACAAGAUGUCGCUACUAAGAACGGUACUAAUAAUGUGAAAAGUCCGAUCAAAACUAUGCAGAAACCAAUUCAGAACCUUUUACCAAAUAGCAAGAAGAGUACUAAUUUAUUUACUAAUUUAGACAACUUCUACGAUUUAAAAAAUCCCGUGAGAGGUGAAGCACAGGAUGUGGUUCCAAUGCGUCAGCCAGUUGAUCGUUAUAAUCCCGCUCAGCCUUAUUUACCACAACAAAACUACGGGGGAAAUUCCAAAGAGUCGAAUAAAGCAUCCGCGCCCACAAAGGCGACGGCAAAUCUUGUGCCUCCUCCACCUCCUCCAGCACCAAAGUUGACCGAUAACGAUUUCCCUGCCCCGACGAGCUAUGAAUCUUUCCCUCCAUAUCCUCCCUCUGUUAGUGAUUCUAUACCUCCACUGCCCGCUGCACCUAAACCUUCAGUUUCAGCCUAUUCACCGCCCGGGCCACCCAUAGAUGAUAGCGAUUCCAACUCAUUUUCAUCUGAUGAUAAUACUAAUGGGCCUUCAAUGGAUCUUGGAUAUCGCUACAAACCACCUUCUGCUCCUGUGCAGCCGUUUGCACCCACACUACCACCUGCUAUGAAACCGUUUGGAGGAUAUAAUUACAAUAAACCUCCUAUGAAUCCUGAACCAUCACCUAUGGCUCCUAUAGAUGAUGCACCAGACUUUCAAGGUUAUCAGUACAAUAAACCUACUGAUUUAUCGCCGCCAAGCGAUCAAAUGCCGCCAUCUUCCUACAAUCAUCAUGACUCUCCACCUUUUCAUAAUGAUAACGACUAUCCAGAAUUAGUGUUUCAAAAACAUCAUGGGGAUGAUUCAAAAGACAGUGAUCAUAUGAAAGGAACUGACAUGGAUAUGAUGAUGCCACCUCCUUCCGAUAUGAAACCCGACCAUGGACCCCCAGAUCAUGACAGUUUUCCAAGCGAUUUUCCCAGCGACUUUAAGUAUCACCAUGAUUUUGAUGAUCACGAUUUCUAUCAUCAUCAUCAUACUACUACCACAACUACUACUGAAAUGCCUCGUGUUAACAGAUCAAUC